AUGUCUUUAGCUGAUGUUCAAGAACCCAAGAAUUCCUCUGGAUCUUUGACGUCGCCUGAGAACCGACUCACAGCGCCAAUGAACACGUCCUUCAUCCUGAGCCCAUCGAGGCAGUUCUCAUACGAGGAUGGGCCAGUUCCGAGUCUUCCAACUCCUAGGUAUGUUCGCGUAAGGAUUGUGGCUACCGGUCUUUGUGGUUCUGACGUACGUAUCGCCCGCUGUGGUCUGCAUCCAAUCACCCUCGGUCAUGAGUCUGCUGGUAUUGUCGAUGCUUGCGGAUCAGAUGUCAAAGGGCUGUCCGUGGGCGAUCGCGUCGCAUUGGAACCUGGCGUAGGAUGCAACACCUGCGAGACAUGUCGAAGCGGCCGAUAUAACCUAUGCGAAUCGAUGCAGUUCGCUGCUACCCCUCCCUACAAUGGCACGUUAUCGACCUUCUACUGCCUACCCGAAGAGUGCUGCUACAAGCUGCCGUCACACAUAUCCUUCCGUGAAGGUGCCCUCGUGGAGCCGCUAAGCAUAGCUGUGCAUUGUUGCGGACUCGCCGGGAGUCUUCAGGGCAGGUCUGUAGCGGUAUUCGGGGCUGGGCCUAUAGGCUUGCUGUGUUGCGCUGUGGCACAGGCUUUCGGCGCUGCGAAAGUCGUGGUUAUUGACGCAGUGGCUCCCAGGCUGAGCUUUGCGACCGACUUCGGUGCCGACGACGUAUACAUGAUGGAAGCUGGGUUUCCAGAAACGAAUGCUCAGAAAGUUUUGGAGAAGGCUGGGCUGGAUGCAGGGUUUGAUGUUGUGAUCGAUGCAACAGGAGCAGAGCCAUGCAUCAACUGUGGUGUAGCUGCAUUGAAACGCGGUGGAGUCUUCGUUCAAGCUGGGCUGGGCUCUCCCAAUAUCGCAUUUCCAAUCGGCCAGAUUUGCGACAAAGAAGCUACGCUCAAAGGAAGCUUUCGAUACGGACCAGGAGACUACAAGCUUGCCAUCCAGCUACUGGAGUCCAAUCGUAUUCAACUAGAUAGUCUUAUUACUCAUGAGUUCGCGUUUUCAAAUGCGGAACAGGCUUUUCAGAAUGUUGCGGAUAGAGUCGGCAUCAAGUCGCUCAUAUUUGGACCAGGCAUCGAUAGGGCGUUCGCAGAGGGUCGCACCGAGCAGCACACGCGUGUGUCUGAUCUCCCGAGGCUCUAG